UCUCUUUCUUCACUGCUGAGCGUCGCCGAUCUGUUCGCGUCGGGUAAGCUCACCCCGACGACGCAGAAGUCAGGGUAUCAAUUGCGGCAUCCUGACCGGCUGUACUUGUGGGAAGGGGAUAUCACCAAGCUGGCAGCCGAUGCCAUCGUAAACGCAGCAAACGAGGGCAUGCUUGGCGGCGGCGGAGUUGACGGCGCAAUUCAUCGCGCUGCUGGCCCUAAAUUGCGCGAGGCGUGCGAAAAGCAUCCUGCCGAUGCUAGCAGCGGGGCACGCUGCCCGACAGGGGAGGCGAGAACGACCCAAGGCUUCAACCUCCCAGCAAAGCUUGUCUUACACACCGUCGGUCCUGUUUACAGCAAGUCGAAGGCUGAACAGUCACGAGAGCUGCUCGCUAACGCUUAUCGCAACAGCUUGGCCGAAGCGGAGAAAGCCGGAGCCAAGAGCAUUGCUUUUCCCUCGAUAUCGACAGGCGUGUAUGGGUAUCCCAUCCGAGACGCCACCGAAGUCGCAAUUGAAACGGUUGACAGAUUCCUUGCCUCAUCAGACAAGGUACAGCAGACGUGCUUCUGUGUCUUUUCAAGCCACGACAAGGAAGUGUAUGAG